CCCCCCUAGAGCGGCCAUUUUGUUUGAGGGCAAGCGGCCGGGCGGCCGGGAGGCGGCGGCGCCAUGUUGGCUGCGGCCGGAGCCAGGAUGUGGCCCUGUGUGGGGACGGCGCCUUCCGGGUCACCCGGGUGCCUGUGGCCACGCGGCCGCGAAGUGAAUAAACACCGAGGGGCCGGGGGGCCCCUGCCCGAGCCCCUGAGUCCCCCGCAGCCCGUCCCCGCGUCCCCGCUACCCCCGGGCCCGGGAGAGCUCAUGGCGCCGCCCCCGGCCCCGCUGCCGGCGCGGACCGCGGGGGCCGCCCGGCCCGGCCGCCAGGAGCCGGGCCCCGUGACCUUCGCGGACGUGGCCGUGUACUUCUCCCCGGAGGAGUGGCGGAGCCUGCGGCCCGCGCAGAGGGCCCUGUACCGGGACGUGAUGCGGGAGACCUACGGCCACCUGGGCGCGCUCGGCUUCCCCGGCCCCAAACCAGACCUCAUCUCUUGGAUGGAGCGGGGCAGUGAGGCUUGGAGCCCGGCCGCCCAGGACCCCGAGGGGGCAAGCGUAGGAGGCGCCCUGCGAGGAAGCGCCCCAGACGAGGAGGAGGAGGAGCCCGAAGCGGGGCCAGGAGCCCAGGGACCUCGGAGGACUCCCGGGAAGGACUGGCCCGCGGAGCUGGUGAAACUCAACCCCGACGGGGCCCUGGGCAAGGCCUCGGCCAGGGCCCUGAAAGCGGCCUGGGACCCGCGCGCGGGGCCGCCCCCGGGGCCUGGCAGGGGCUCGGCCCGCCAGCGGCGCCACGCGUGUGCGGACUGCGGCCGCCGCUUCACCUACCCGUCGCUGCUGGUCAGCCACCAGCGCAUGCACUCGGACGAGCGGCCCUUCCCCUGCCCCGAGUGCGGCAUGCGCUUCAAGAGGAAGUUUGCGGUGAACGCGCACCAGUGGACCCACCGCUCCUGCUCCGGGGGCCGGCGCGGCCGGAGGCCGGGCAUCCGGGCCGUGCCUCAGGCCCCGGUCCGCGAUGACCGGGACCCGCCCGUGCUGUUCCGGCACUACCCCGACAUCUUCGAGGAGUGCGGGUGAGUGGCUCCCGCGUGUGGGGUCGAGCCUGACCUUGGCGAAAAGGACCGACUGGGCCCUGACGCCUACAUCAGGGGCUUGGGAACCCAGAUUCACUCCUUGGGCUUCCCUCCAGGAUCCCUCAGGUUUUCACACAUGUAAAAAGGAAAGUGCCUGUAAAGAUUCAACUAGGCUCAACUUGACACUCCUCUCCCCAGUUUUUCUAAAAAGUGUGCGAGACGCUAGACUUUUCUCAGUGCUGUUUCAGUAGCAGGUGCAACCAAGACCUUUGCUGUCUCAAAAGCACCCCCUGCUGCUUAUCUGCCUGAGAGGUAAAGGCUGGGACUGAGGCCUGGGAGAGGGCCCCGAGGCCGGGGCCAGGCCCGGCUAGCUGAGCCACGGGGAGCCGGGAGCGGGAGUGGGUGGACAGCACCGAGCGGGUCUCUGCACAGGCACAGCUGGUAAGUCUCGCCCUCCCAGCCUCACUCCCUCAUCUGUAAAAUGAGGAUUAUUAAUGUCUACCUCAAGGGAAAGGGUUACUGUGAAGACUGAAAUUUAAACAGUAUAGUAUGUAUGACAUAGUAAAUGUGCAAUAAAUGUGUUGAAAGAGUGAAUUAUGGAGAUUUUACACCCAGAAAGGCUAAGGAGGCAGGACAUGAAUAUCAAUAGCCAUGUUUUGCAGAUGAGUAAACUGAGGCUCAGAGAUUAAGUGAUUUUUUUCAACAUUUCAUUGCUUUAAGACAGCAAAGCUGGAAACUGACACUACCACUUUCUCUGAGCUGCUUAAUGGGUUCUGGGUUUACUUUUUAGUGAACACAGGUCCCGCUCAGGUAAGAGCUGAGAUCUGGGCAGGAAGCCAGCAGGACAGCAAACAGCAACUACAGGAAAGGUUUUUUGGCCAUGGCCAGCUAGCUCAGCUGGUUAGAGUUGUGGUUGGCAAAUUCCUUAGUCAACAGAGCAAGCCGCAGUUUGCCAACCACGGGGUUGGAGCAUCAUUCUAAUAUGCCAAGGUUGUGGGUUCUAUUCCCGGCCAGGCCACAAACCAGAAUCAACCAGAAAUACAUGGAUAGGUGGAACAAUGGGUGGAUGUUUCUCUCAAUGUAUCUUGUCCUUUCUCUAUCAAUAAAUUAAUUUUUU